AUGCCACGGCGACGGCGAGAGAGCCAGCGUCUUGGCUCUUUGCAUCACGGCGCAGGCCAUCCAGAUGGCCUCGCAAGCCACCCAUCUGGUUAUUUCAGCCAAAUCAAUGCCGACGAUCAGAGAAUAGAUCUGGCUUCCCAACGCCAGCCCGCCGCCAAGAGUUCACCUGCGAGGGAACAUAGACCUCUACGCCCCGCUAUUCCGCGCAAGUCUUCUCUUCGGCGUCAUAAAAAACAGCUCAGGGCUGAUUCCUCACCCCCCGACAAGAGCAAUCUCUCGAGGCUCGUGCCCAAAUCCAAGACGAGCGACUUGCAUCCCCCUAACACCUUCCCGCGACGAAGGCAAACGUCAGAUGACCUCACGGGCCGCGUGGGCCUGAUCCCGUUUUCGGCUACUGCCCCCCUCACCAGGGCACUUGCAGAGGUAGCAGACACAGACGAUGUCAGCAAGAAGCUCCAGAACAUGUUAGCAGCUACAGAGGCACUCAAGCCCCACGCAAAGAAACAAGAUUCCCGUGUGUCUCGCAUAUCUCGUAAGCUUGCUACCAAGGCUUCUCAUGCCUGGGACCGAAUCCAGGGAAAGAAAGAUGCAUUGCAGGCUACGGCAGUCCGCAAAAUAUCAGCACCCCUGGAGCUCGGGGGUGGUUCGUACCUCCGAGGUGGUCACUUUGCUGUCGACUCGGAGAGGUCUCUCACCCGUUUUGAAGUGACUAAAACGUACAUGCCUAGCAAGGCCUCUGCAGAUGGGCCGGAACAGUCUCUUCCAGAUCACAGCGAUGCUACCAAUACGUUCACGGAUCCUUCACUCCUAGCUUGCCCAAAGACUCCCACCCGACAAACUGGUAUCACAGACCCGGUGACCCCGGUCCGUAUCAACCCCUUCGACAGCGACCCCGACUUCAGCACCGAUCUGAAUGCUGUGUUGUCUGAUAGGCCUUUAGGUGCCUCUACUCCCCGAACUCGCCGCAAGGAAGUACCGAAUGCACCCAUCGGCACACCUAGCUUGGGACAGCAGCUCGUACGAGACCGGGCCAUAAGCAAAAACACACCAAUCCUCCCCCGCCCGGACGCAGUCAACGUGAUGUGUCGGGAUAGUAUCGUCUCCACAAUUGGAGAGCACAUGGGCUUAAAUUUUAUGAGCAGCAAAAAGUACCCUUCUCCUGACAAAGAAAGCCUUGCAGAGCUGGCUCGACAGCUUCAGAAGAUGGGCAUCCAGGAUCCGAGCCCUGGAGAUGAGCCUAAGGAUGAGUUGAGUCAUUCAUUUGUGACAAGUCUUGCCUCUGCUCGUACCCUCGCUCCACGCGACAGAAACUUGCCCAUGAGCCAGUACUUGGCCAAGUCGGAAGCCAGUGCCUACGCUCCUCUCUCUCUCCGGAAAUCUCGCAUCCCAGGUCCUGUCAGAUCCACCCGUUCAGAAGCACGUUUCGGUCUUAUGGCGCAUCCUCUUGAUCCUGGUGCCACGGAGUUGGAUGAGCUGGCGUGA